AUGGCACAUCCAACACAACUAGGAUUCCAAGACGCAGCAUCACCAGUCAUAGAAGAACUUCUUCACUUCCACGAUCACGCAUUAAUAAUUGUAUUCUUAAUUAGCGCCCUAGUAUUAUACAUUAUUGUUGCAAUAGUAUCUACUAAACUCACUAAUAAGUUUAUCUUAGACUCUCAAGAGAUCGAAAUUGUAUGAACCAUUUUACCCGCCGUGAUUCUAGUAAUGAUCGCCCUACCCUCCCUACGCAUCCUAUAUCUUAUAGACGAAAUCAACGACCCCCACUUAACAAUUAAAGCAAUAGGACAUCAAUGAUACUGAAGCUAUGAAUACACAGAUUAUGAAAACCUAAACUUUGAUGCUUAUAUAGUACCAACCCAAGACCUCACCCCUGGACAAUUCCGACUCUUAGAAACAGAUCACCGAGUAGUUAUCCCAGUAGAAUCCCCAAUUCGCAUCCUGGUGUCUGCCGAAGACGUACUGCACUCUUGAGCUGUUCCAUCCAUGGGCGUAAAAAUGGAUGCAGUCCCAGGACGACUUAACCAAACCGCCCUCCUCGCCUCACGCCCAGGGGUAUACUACGGACAAUGCUCAGAAAUUUGCGGGGCCAACCACAGCUUUAUACCAAUUGUAAUUGAAGCAGUACCACUACCACACUUCGAAACUUGAUCCGCAAAUCAACUAGACUUCGCCU